UUUUUCCCCAUCCACAAAUCCACACCUUUGCUGCGCCUUCGCCGAGCGUCGGCGAGCGCGAACUGCGCCAUGUCCGAGCGAGCUGACCUCGACCAGGAGAUGCUGGGCGAACGGAAGUCCCUGCGGAGCGUCUUCUUAGAGCUCUGGGAGAUUGUGAGGCUGGGGGUCCCUCUGGCCUUGUCCAAUGCCAGUGGAAGUCUCAACAUGUUGGUCAGCAGUGUGAUUUUGGGGCGUCUGGACACCGUGGCCCUUGCUGCAGUCUCCGUGGCCGGGAUCUGGACCUCGGUGACGGACGUGCUCUUCUUUGCGGGGAUUGGACAGUUGUCCAUGUUCUGCAGUCAGGCGUACGGAGCUGGCAAUUAUGCCUUGGUCGGUACGUGGUUGCAGAUCUAUCUGGUCUUUGUGACGGUGGCUGGAACUCCUUUCAUGCUUCUUCGCUUUCUCACGACGCCGAUUUUGGAGGCCUUUCAUCUUCAUCAUGAUGUGGCCGUGGCCGCUGGGAUCUAUACCAUUUGGUCGCAAGUAGGUUUUCUCUUCGACGUUUGGUAUUAUUCCAUCAAAGAGUACUAUGCGGCGCAGCAGAUCACAGUGCCCGCGGCGAUUGUGGAUGCCAUCUUCGUCCUGGUGAAUUUCGUGGUGACGUAUGUCGCAGUUUUCCCCCUGAAAGGUGGCCUUGUUGGCGCCGCCUUGGCUUUCUGCACCGCGAAGCUCCUUCGAACUAUCACCUACAUCUUGGUAUGCUGGAGCAAGGGCUAUCACAAGAAGACUUGGCCCGGCUGGUCCACGAAGGAGAUCUUUGUGGGAGAGCGCUGGCGAAGGCUGUUGGCCAUGACGAUUCCUGCAGCAAUUGGUGGGUUGGCUGAAGAACUGCAGUUCCAGGUUUGCACUCUGAUGGCUGGAGAGAUCGGGCCCGCCGAAACCGCGGCGUUUAACUUGGCGAUGAACAUCAUCAUCUUGUCCUUCCUCUUCGCCAUGUCUAUGGGCGACAGUGUGGGAAUCCGCAUGGCCAAACGCCUGGGCGAGGGCGAUGCAGAGCGCGCCGCCUUCGUGGCAAAGCUGGGGGUCGUGGUGUCGCUCAUAGGUGGGGUUUUCAUGGCAGGAUUGGCGUUUGUGCUCAUGCCGGUGCUGGUGCGCUUGAUGUCCAAGGACCCUGUGGUGCAGGAGCAGCUGCUGCGGCUCAGGUGGGCGGGCGCCGUGACCAUCGCAUUGGUGGGUGAAGUUCUUCCUUUGGUCACCGUGGCUUGAGCUGAGAAACUGGCUCAUUCCGAUGCGCAUUUUCCGUAGAAAGACCCAUUUUGGUCGGUGAAGGCUGUGACGACUUGUUGGAACCUUACGCCUCGCUGCUUUUCGAGGAACUGGCAGGCGUCAACAAGGUAUGCGUUGCUGGCUCCGCGAAAGGAGUCGGGGGUCCUGUUUUCUGGCUCAGCGAGCGAUCCGAAGGUCUGAGGGGUCGUCACGACAGACGGACAGAGACAGAGACAGAGGACAAACAAAUUUCAAACAAGCAGACCUGAAGACAGACAAGCAGAUGCGCCGGGAAAAGCAACCUGGAACGAUUCGAUUACCGUUUCGUAGCGGCCAUUUCGAAUCAGCCGUUCGAAGGCGCUUUUCACAGGGAUCAGAGCCACGAAUCAGCCAACGUUACACCAGUCCUUUAGACUGCGCAGAGCGCUCUUCAGACCUAUACUCGGCAAGGCACUGUAGAAGUGAAGCCACGCACACAAGCACACACGCACGAUCACACACACAGAGACACACACACACAGACCUGAUUCCUUUCGGCUUCGUCAGGUGCUGACCAGGCAAGGCCGCACCAAGAUCGUGAGCAUCACCCUGCCAGUGUGCUGUUGGUUGCUGGGCUUCCCCAGUAGCUACUUUCUGGGAAGGGCGCACGGCCUGCUGGGCAUUUGUGAAGGGCUCAGCGUUGGCUACUCACUCGCCUGCGUGUUUCUGAUGAUUGCAGUUGCAAAAUCCGACUGGCCCCAGUUGGCCCGCGACGCGCAACGAAGGGCAGAGAUGGAGGUGACUGAGGUGUCCGGCGGGGUGAGCUUGCAAGACAGCUGAGGUAAGGAAGAUGAACCGAAAGGUUCCUUUUUUUUUUCUUCUCCCCC